UUUUAUUUUUAUCUCUUUCUGUCAAGUGUCACCACCACCAUUCUCAUCACUCAACCCCCACCCCCCUCCAAAAAAAAAGAAAAUUAAUAUGAGAAAAACCCAUAAAUUCUGACCAAUCAAAAUCCCCCACCUUCUUCCAUUUUUCAUCCUACAAUGAGGUUGGGUAGGGUUGGGAGGCUUUUUUCUCUCUUUGGCAACUAGGGUUUUGCUUCAAUGUUUUCUUCCUGAUGUCAUUUUAUUUUCUUUAGUAUCGGUUUUUUUUUAGAUAAGAGUAUUUGAUUCUACUGGCUUACUUUGGAAAGCCAAAAAAGCAAAAGAAGAAAAAAAAAACCCAGUUGCACAGCUAAUCUCUUGAUCCUACUACUGUUUCUUAUCUGUUUGCUGCUUCACAACAGAGAUUCUCUUCUACACAAUUUUCUUGGUACUUAAAACUUUCUUUUCUCCUGUAUUUUGCUUGAUUUAAGUGGAAAGAGAAUGACGAGACAAAGGAUAGAGAUCAAGAAGAUCGCCAACACAGCGGCACGACAGGUGACAUUCUCAAAGAGGAGAAGAGGACUUUUCAAGAAAGCUCACGAGCUUUCCACUCUUUGCGAUGCCGAGAUAGCUCUUAUAGUCUUCUCAGCCACCGGCAAGCUCUUCAAAUAUUCCAGCACCAGUAUGAGGCAGGUGAUUGAAAGGCGCCGUUUGCAGUCAGAAAGGAUUGAUGGAUUGGAGGGCGCUCCAUCUGUUGAGCUGCAGCUGGAGAGUGCUACUCAUUCCGUGUUGAGUAAGGAAAUUGCAGAAAAGACCCAAGAACUGAGACAGCUAAGGGGAGAAGACCUCCACGGACUAAACCUAGACCAGCUGAAACAACUAGAGAAAUUAGUCCAAGGUGGCUUGAGCCAAAUUUCAGAAACAAAGGAUGAGCGAUUUUUGAAAGAGAUCAGCACCCUGGAGAAGAAGGGAGCAGAACUGAAGGAAGAAAACCUGAUAUUGAAACAGCAAGUGGAGAAAUUACCGCUUGUGGUCAAAGGCCAACCAUCAGAGCCAUUUCCCCAUCUUCACAAAUCUGGAGACCCCCCUCCUCCUCCUCAAGGGUAUAACACCUCUGAUAUUUCACUCACCUUGGGGUUACCUUUCCCUAGCUGAUAGAAAGGUUAGCGGGGAUGUUGUGAAGAAAUGCUCCUCAUCUUUGCAUAAAAUCGUAUCUUUAAAGCUCAUCUAUACGAGUAAAUUUACAACCUGGCUCCUCUAUGUUAAAUGUAUCUAUAUAUCUAUAGGCUGAAGAUAACCAUUUAAUUAUCAAGUUCAUUGAUGUUUACGAAAACAAAAGAAAAAGGUAUUGCAAUAAAACUGACUUUUAUAUGCAAGAAAAAAUCGGCUAUCUGAUACUAUCCACUGCCAUCCCUGCAAGUAGAGAAAGGGUAUAAAUAGAUGCUAAGUGUAUGAUCAAAGUAGGGAUCGACGAGUUGGAAAGAGCUGUGGAGGCUAACUCCAGCAUUGCAGGAGCUCGAUGCAAUUAUCACAUUUCUUAAAAUUCUUUAUUUAUAAAGACAUGUCCGUAAGUGGAGAAAUUUCAGAGAUUUAUUUCCAUCACACUUGUUCGUAUACAACGUAGUGAAUACUACAAUAGUAAUAGAUAAAUGAAGAGAGCACAUUUCAAUUGGUGUUAGGAAUUUCUCUGGGUUUUAUCAGUAUUGGGUCAAGUCUUGGUUUGAGGCUAUAAUGAGCAUGAGUGAAAUAUAGUAAAUUACCUUUUGAGUAAAGUUUUGCAUCUUUAUAAAAAAAGAUACCAGCAACUCAACACUAAUAUUAUCAAGUCUGCUUUCUGCCUUGGAAGUUUCUGCUUUGUAGGGCAAAGAUGAAGCAUUCAAAGGAUGAUCUCUGUUAAUAAUCAUCUCUCAUUAUAUAAAAUUAUUAAUUAAUUUAA